AAUCUGUUCACCCGUGUUCUAUGGACAGUAUCCAUGAUUCGUCCUUCAACCGUUCAUCCGGAACGCCUGGCUGGCAACGUGGUUGGUCAAGUUGCAAAUAUGCAAUAUAUCACAAACCCUCUAAACAAAGCCUCAGGGCAGGUACCAAAAGUUGGUUCGCUAUAGUACCUACUAAGUGGUAGGUGCGUUCUGACAGCCACGUACCACAGGCGGCGCUUAAAAGUCCAUCGGGCUUGUCCACUCAGUUGGCGACUAUUGAUCGAACCGUCUUGCUCAGUCCGCCACGAAGAUCGGGAUGAAACUUCUGAAGCUGGCCAUUGGGCGACGCAUUUAUUAAGAAGGGUUAAGCAUACCCCGCAACCUAGCUAAUAGGAUCUCGCCGGUAGAGAGGAAGCAAAAAUAC